AUGGUGGAAAGAGGGCCUGAUCAGUGGCUCGAGAAAAUAAAAAAAUGCCAGUCCCUCACCGAAAGCGAGAUGAAACAGCUGUGUGAAAUGGUGAAGGAGCUGCUCAUGGAGGAGUCAAAUAUUCAGCCAGUUCAGACACCUGUGACUGUGUGCGGAGAUAUCCACGGCCAGUUCCACGAUCUGCUAGAACUGUUCCGCACGGCGGGCGGGCUUCCCGACGAAGUAAACUACAUCUUCCUCGGAGACUAUGUGGAUCGUGGGUAUUACAGUCUCGAAACCUUCACGCUGUUAAUGUGCCUGAAAGUGAGGUAUCCGGCUCGGCUGACGCUGGUACGUGGGAAUCACGAGUCGCGCCAGAUUACACAGGUAUACGGCUUCUACGAGGAGUGCUUGAACAAAUAUGGCUCAACGACAGUAUGGAAGUAUUGCUGUCAGGUAUUUGACUUCCUUACACUAGCGGCGAUCAUCGACGGUAAGAUUCUAUGUGUUCACGGAGGGCUAUCACCAGAGAUCCGAAUGCUGGACCAAAUUCGGGUUUUAUCAAGAGCCCAGGAAGUUCCACACGAAGGAGGAUUUUCGGACUUGUUGUGGAGUGAUCCGGACAAUGUAGAGGCCUGGCAGGUUUCUCCGCGUGGUGCCGGGUGGUUGUUUGGUAGCAAAGUUGCUAGGGAAUUCAAUCAUGUCAAUGGCCUAAAUUUGAUAGCACGGGCACAUCAGCUGGUUAUGGAGGGUUUCAAGUAUCAUUUCCCAGAGAAAGACGUAGUAACCGUCUGGUCAGCCCCCAACUACUGCUAUCGGUGCGGUAACGUCGCGAGUGUAAUGAAGGUGGACGAAGAUCUGGAACCUACUUUCAAGAUUUUUUCUGCGGUUCCCGACGACUACAUCCAGGAAACCACUCAUAAUAACCAGAGAGGAGGCUACUUCUUGUGA